AUGAAAACCUGCAAAUCCAGUCAUUUGGAUUCGGGGUUAGAAUCAGACCUCCCAUGCAGGAGUGUCGUGAAAUGCGGUUCGGAGCGGAUGGAGAACGCUGCCAAGAGGAGACUGGCUGCAAACGCCAGGGAGAGAAGACGGAUGCAAGGACUAAACACAGCCUUUGACCGCUUGAGAAAGGUAGUGCCGCAGUGGGGCCAAGAUAAGAAACUCUCCAAGUAUGAGACCCUGCAGAUGGCUCUGAGUUAUAUCAUGGCUCUCACGAGAAUACUUGCUGAGGCAGAAAGAUACAGCACUGAGAGAGAGUGGAUUCAUCUUCACCGGGAACACUUUCAUGCCGAGAGCUACCACCAGUAUGUGGGGCAAAAAGUGGCACCAGACACCGAUUCUUAUGCACAACUUUUCAGCUAUCAUCCUGAACACUUUCAAAUAGCUAAUUAG